AUGGUGGUGGUAGCAGCAGGGAACGGGGGAACCCACAAGGUGCUCCUGAUAUCCGGGAAACAGACUGGCUCGUCUAACGGCUCACAGGCAGGCUUCAGCCGGCCGAUCUCUGUCGUUUUACCGUCAGCGGCGAGUCAGGCGUCGUCGGAUUCAGACUCCAACUCCUCUGCGGGGCCGCCAGUACGAAAGAGACAGAGGCUGACUCACUUGAGUCCGGAGGAGAAAGCACUUCGCAGGUUAGUUGCACUGAAAUACCCCUUUACUUAACAGAAACUCUUUUCCUAGAAGCUGAUUUUUUUUAAGCCGGACAGCCGCUCAUUGUUCGGCGGUUCACGGCGGGGACACACCCUAAGAUAUUGAUCUAAUUGAGGAACAAUAGUAAACUGAUUUAACAUUUAAAUCCCCCUAAGCGGAACUGGGUCAACGUUGCAUCAUUCAGUAUUAAAAUAGGCCAUCUUAGAUGUGUAAACUGCCCCAUGAGACAUGUUAAUCACUUAAAAGUCAUAUUUGUCCACCUUUGGACUUUGAACCAGCUUGUCAAACUGCUAUCUGAGUGAUCUGACGGUCCAUGGACCCGCCCGGCUGCUGUUACAGAGUAGGACACUGAUAUCCUGGUAUGCCUGCGUGGCAGGAACAUGGCCGGUGAUUGCGCAGUACUGUGAACCGAAGUACUGUCAGGAGGGCUUAGUCAGCAUCAUGGAAAGAAUGUCACAUUCCUGUGUUUUUUUUUUCUUUAUCAUAUUCAUUUCCUUGUUCUUAUAUUUUCCAGGAAACUCAAGAACAGAGUCGCAGCACAAACAGCCAGAGACAGAAAAAAGGCCAAGAUGGGGGAGCUGGAACAGCAAGUCCUAGAGCUGGAGCUGGAGGUAAUUUCUUAAAAUCAUGCUGGAUCCUCCACUGCAUAAAUGCCCAUCCUAUUUACCCCCCUCUCCUGAUAUGCCUACACAACCAUAAGUCAUCUGAUAUUGAGCAAUCAUGUGACUCAGCCAUUUCUCACCCCAAUACUGAUAUUUAUCCACAGCUAUUAAAGUAAAAACACUAGAUUUAAAGGUUUUGGUUUUGUCUGUGAAACCAGACUUGAUGGCUGUGGUUUCACUAUCAGUCUCAGAGAUUUCAUCUUGGAUAGCUUCAUGCAUCACUCUCAAAUCAACGGCUUCAAGUUUCAGGUGCAAACAUCUGUUUUUCUCCCUCCUGCAGAAUCAGAAACUUCACAUUGAAAACAGACUGCUUCGGGAAAAGACAGGCGGUCUAAUGACAGAAAACGAGGAACUGAGACAGAGACUUGGGUUGGACACCCUCGACUCAAAGGAGAAGGUGAGAUGUCAGUGCAGAUUUUUGGAAGCAGAGUGAGGUUCAGUAUGUGGAAAUCUUAACUUACACUCUUUUCUGUUGUUUUUUCCCCUAAAAGGUUCAGGGUCUGUUGUCCACCGGGAACGAAACAGGUUUGGGGAUCGGGUCUUCUGAGUCCGCAGCACUCAGGCUACGUGUGCCUCCGCAGCAGGUGCAGGCCCAGCAGUCCCUAAAUCUGAAGACUUCUCAAUGGAUACAGACAGUUCUGACACUACAGACACUGAGGUAAGUCUCUGGUUUAAAUCCUGGUCCUAAGACUACUCCAUAAUAACUCCUGGGUCGGGUCAUGGGUUACUGGGCUAAUCUCCCGCUCUCUCCCCCUCCUCUAGUCUGAUUUGCUACUGGGCAUUCUGGACAUCCUUGACCCAGAGCUGUUCCUCAAGUCUUGUGAGCAGGAGUGCCAGGAGCCGCAGGUGCUGCUGGUCGGAGGGGGGAACCCAGUACCUGCCACCACACCUGCGUCUCUGGGGGCCCCACCAGUUAAGCUGGAGGCCCUUAAUGAACUGAUCCACUUUGACCACAUCUACACCAAGCCCGUGGAGGAGGUGAGCGGUGGGCUGUGCAGUGACUCAGAGAGCGAGACAGAUGAGAAGAUUGACGAGGAAGCCUUCCCCGUGCCAGAGGUGGUGGUGGUGGAGGAGGAGACGGUGUGCGUCAAAGACGAGCCGGAGGAAGUGGUCAUCCCCAGCUGUAAUGCACACAGCGAAGUGGUUGACUUUUUCUCUGCAGCCUCCUCCCCCGCCCUCAGCGGCCUGGAUAAGGAAGCAUGCCUGGCGGACACCUACAGCGACUCCGGAUACGAAGGGUCUCCUUCCCCUUUCAGCGACAUGUCGUCUCCUCUGUGCUCUGAGAGCUGGGAUGACAUGUUUGCUAAUGAACUCUUCCCCCAACUUAUAAGUGUCUGA